UUUCCGGUUAGAUUUAGAAUAUAAACAUUGUGUGUUGUCGUUGGACUGAAUCAAAGUUACUGAAGUUUAGAUAUAAAAUCUAAGAAAUUAAGUACAGCUUAAGUCUAGUAACUAUAUCUAAAUAUUGAUAUAUAUAAUGACAAGGCACGGCAGAAAUUGUACAGCAGGUACUGUAUACACAUAUCAUGAAAGGAAAAAGGAUACACAUGCUUCUGGUUUUGGUUCGCAAAAAGUACGGUUUGGGAAAGAUGCAGUCAAGGAAUUCGACUGCUGUUGUCUGACUUUACAGCCAUGUAAAGAUCCAGUGGUAACGGAAGAUGGUCACCUGUAUGACAAGGAGGCUAUUCUCAAAAACAUAUUGCAUCAGAAAAAGGAAAUUGCCAGAAAACUAAAGGAAUAUGAAAAACAAAAAUUAAGAUCACAGAAAGAACUAGAAGAAUUAGCCAAAGCUGAACAAGAAACUAAAGCUCUCAAGUUUGCCCAGCAAGAAUCAAAUCCUAUUGGUCAGAAAUAUGCUGACAACAAGUUAUCAGAAGAGAAAACUAAGUCUGUGGGUUUGUCUGAUGACAAGAAGCUUCCCAGUUUCUGGAUUCCAGCUCUCACGCCACAGGCUGAAGCAACUCAAAUUAAAAAACCAGAUGAUAAAGUCAGAUGUCCCAUGAGUGGCAAAACAAUUAAAUUUAAAGAUUUAAUUCCAGUCAAAUUUACUCCCAUCAAUGAUCGUGAUGAGAAAACAUCUCUGAUUGCUAAGACAAAUCGCUAUGUUUGUGCUGUGACAAAUGAUAUUUUAGGAAACUCUGUUCCAUGUGCUGUCCUCAGACCUUCUGGUGCUGUGGUCACUCUGGAGUGUGUAGAGAAGAUCAUAAAGAAGGACAUGAUGGACCCCAUUAGUGGUCAGAAACUAAAAGAUAAAGAUAUUAUCACAUUACAGAGGGGAGCCUCAGGUUUUACUGGAGCCGGUGUCACUUUGGAGGCUAAAAAAGCUGGACCAUCAAUUAUGGCCUGAUGAUGUUCUUACUAUGUCAACCAAUUAUUUAACAUAGAAGGAUUUUUUUUUUAAUGUGUACAUUAUGUUUAUAGUUUGAGUAAAAUGUGUCAAUAAAAGUGAAUAAUAAUUCUC